AUGUUGUUUAAGAAAUCCAAGAAAAAAAGAAUGUCUGUUCCAUUCGACCUGGACAACGUUAAAGCUAGGAUGGCGGAACAAGACAGUGUUUUUGUUGACAUUUGUGAGCGUUUAGCAGCACUUCAAAAAGUAGACAUCAAACAGAUGAUGAAUGCGAAUGCCACGGUAUCGCCACUUCAGGAACAUGAAGUUUUUCAAAUUUUGGCUUGUAAACUCAUGGUCAAGAGGCUUGAUAGCCUAAAAUUUGCCAUUCAGCAUGUUCCCAAUAACAUUCAUCGCACUAUAGAUGGUAUUCCGCUGCGGUUGACAUAUAUACACAAAAUAUUCAACGCUCUCUCUUCGACACAUUGCGGCGACACAGAUUUGUCAAUCGAAGACAUUGGAGACUAUGUCAAAUUUAUUGAAACACACUACUGUUCUUUUCUUUCAAAGCAAGAUAACAUGGAUGAUAUUUGGACAUUGACGAAGAAAGAGAAUAUUCCAUUUAAUAGGUUUUUAACACCACCUUUCAAAAACUCAUUAAUAAUUCAUAAGCUUAUUGGCAAAUCAUGUCAACCAUAAUAUGUCACAUGCAGUGGCUUUAAACCUGAUAAAACACUCCUAAUUAGUAUUCUUUAUAUAAAGAAUACUAAUUAAGCAGUAUCUAUUGCAGUCGUGUCCUCAUUAGUAUUCUUUAUAUAAAGAAUACCAAUAAGGCAGUAUAUCUAUUGAAUUUGUAGUCAUGUUUGAAGCCGUUUAAUAAACUCGCAGGUCGUGUUUUAUUAGGUCUAAAGCCACUCACUCUGCGCCCUCAUGGCUUUAAACCUAAUAAAACACUCCUGCUCGUUUAUUAAACAGUACAUAAGAACAUGCCUUCGAUGCCAAAAAUUAUUGACAAUGCAGAAUUAUCCUGCUAAAGUUAAAAUUCUUACGACGGAUGGUCCGAUACCGUGCUCUAAAAUUUCGCUGGAGUGCAGAAAUUGUUCUUGCGUGUAUGGGGUUUGCAAUUUCUCUGACAAACUGGGAACUCAUUUUUAUCCUGAGGAAAUGGGAGUUGAUGUGGUUGAAGUUAGCAACGUCACUUACAUUGAUUUAAAAUUAUACAAAUGGUUCCCGUCUCUAAGGUAAAUAGUAACCAGUAUGCCUGUAUCAUCAUAAGCAACAGACUUGAACAGAAGACAUGGGCAGCCCCCUCCCAAAUGGAGUUUUUGCCUAAUGUAUACUAUACGUAUUUUUCAUUAUUAUUGACCAACCCUAGGCCUAGGCGACAUGACAAAACAUGAUGAAUGAUGCACAAUUAAGAAUGCCCUGCAUAAAUUGCUUCAAUAUGGUGUAUUGACAUACAAUCACUGGAAUACUGUUCCAGUAUUAGUUGAAAUUUUAUGAGUUUACUGUCAUUCUUUCUUUUUUAAUUAUUUAGUAAUCAUUGUUGGGUAUCAUUUAGUGGCUUUGCAGAGGCAUACAAUGAUAUCUUUGAGGAUAGCAUCAGUUGAUGAGGACCAAUCAUUGCCAACCAUAUCCAAACAGGUAACAUAUUAAUAAGGAAAUUCUGUCAGUGUAGAACAAUUACAUCUAUUGCAUGAUUGUCCCUUAUAGACUAGAGCAAUGCAAUUCUCUUUAUUUAACUGUCUAUAAGGACCCGUCAUUAUUUUAUGGAGGGGGGAGGGGCAAAAAUAAGGGGGCAGUGUUUAUAAAUAAAUUACUAGAAGGGAGUAGCAAUAAAUUUGGUUGUGAAUGUUGAGACUACAUCAGUCUUUACUGAUUGCAGAGAUAAAUUGAUAAUAUACCAGUAUUAUUACAUCUCUUUUAAUUAUAAUUUUCUGCUAAUAUAUAUGAAUGGCAGCACUCGACCCUUGACAAGUCUGGCAUUAGAGUCAGCCUUGUCCCAGGCGCUUUGAUGUGCUAAGCGGUUGUGUGACGCAUGUGUGGGAAUCGAUGUGCAUACAAACAGGUAAAAUAAUAAACUCAGGCACAUCGGGGUGCAUUACCACUUACAGGUUUUAACCCAUUAAGCACCAGCGCUCUCCCCUUGACAAGUAAAAUCGUCGAGCGUUAGACAGAGUAAAAUACUAAAGUAGGGUGCAUCAGGGUGCAAUGCAACUCAAUGGGUUAACUAGACACAUGGACAAAUAGGCCAGUUAACUAGACACAUGAGCAGAUAGGCCAGUUAACUAGACACAUGGGCAGAUAGGCCAGUUAACCCAUUAAGCGCCAGCGCUCUCCCCUUGACGAGUAAAAUUGUCUGGCAUUAGACAGAGUAAAAUACUAAAGUAGGGUGCAUCAGGGUGCAAUGCAACUCAAUGGGUUAAAUAUGAUUAGUCAUAUAAAACUAGUGUACUGUACUUGCUUUUUGUAAGAAACAUUUGCCGAGUGUGUCGAUGAUGAUGGAAAUGAUGGAUACAAAACAGAAAGAAAUAUUGGUUAGUAUUUCAAAAAUAUUCCACUUUUUGUAUACAAUACCAAGGGAAUGCUUAUUAUUUAUUGGGGGAGAGGGGCUGCUUGUUUUCAUGUACAACAUUUGAUCAGUAUAAUUACACAGUACCUCUUGAAUUCAGGUUUCCUUUCAAGCAUUUAGAAUUCAAGCAACCUGACUAAAUAUCAGUUAAAUUCAUGUUUGUUUUCCUUUUCAUGAUACAGUAGUGAUAAUGUCUAUAUUACAUGUACAUAACUUAUAACUCAAUAAAAAAACACCAUAAAAUCAUUAAAUAGUUCAAAUUCACAAUAGAAUAUGGUGUAAAAUCAAUAGUAUUUAGUCAAAAUUUGCCAAAUUGUAUCAUUUUACCAAAUUGUGGCAAAAUAUUAUUGUUUCUCUACUAUUAAUAUUCCAUUGCAAAUUUAGACUCUUUAAUCAUUGAUUUUAUGUUUUUCAUGGAGUUAUACUGUACAUGUUCAUUCUUUUAAAAGCCAAAAAUCAGCAAUAGUUCACUGCUAUAGUUCACUUCUAUGCACAUAUGUGUAUACACGUUUGGGCGAUUUCCCAUGACAUUCUUUCCUUCCUAUGCUUCCUUCCCUACCGGGUACUUUAAAGAAGAGUUAGGGCUGGCACAGACAAAGGCUGGAUGCGAGCUACACACAGAGCCUCAGGCUUACUGUAAUAUUACGUAGUAUGACAAAUAAGUUAUGUAUUUUCUCAAUGAUGUCAAAUUUUUCUAGGCAUUUUGCCAGGUGAGUUGUCACCAAAGGUAGUUGCUUUGUGUUUUUGGCAUCGGGAAGUGGAAGAAGAACUUGCAUCCCUAGGUCUUCGAGAAAAGUGGACAAUUUGCAAGGAGUCUGGAGAGUUAUCGGGGAAUUUUGACAUGGCAAUGGAGAUGAUCGACAAAAUCCGAUGUGAUAAUUUGUACUCCCAUUCAUGUACAGAGCACUGUAAAAGCAAAGGUUGGUAGAAUAAAGUUAUUAUGUGUCUGUUAUUAAAAACUAUGAUCUGAUAACCAGUCAACCAGUUUUCUUUGCAACUGGUUCUGUAAAACAUGGGAAAUCCAGUUCUUACUUUAUCUGUUAAACAAUUUUGAAUGCUCAACCUCUAAUUAUAAACAUUUCUAUAGCAAUUAAUUAUGCAGGCACUUUCACAUUAUUAGUUUAACCCUUUGAGUCGCAUUGCACCCAAUGUGCCCUACUAUUAUUUUGCUUCAAAUUUGGGUGGAUCGGCAGAUUUGUAUACCCCUGUAAACACCAGAAACACCACCCCCCAUAAACACCACCCCCCAUAAACACCAGAUUAUUUUACUCCGUCUAAUGCCAGAUUAUUUUACUUUGUCUAAUGCCAAAUCAUUUUACUCUGUCUGUUGCCAAACAAUUUUACUCAUCAAGAGGAGAGUGGUGCCAUUCAUUUGGUUAGGCUGAGCAUGGUUUUACAUUCAAGAUGACUGUAUAAGUUGCUGAUUACUCUGUCAUACUCAUACCUAUUUAAAUCCAGGUUUAUUCCCUGGGCAUUAAAUCUAGGUUUUUCCCUGGGCAUUAAAUCCAGGUUUAUUCCCUGGGAAUCAUAUUUUCAAAAGAUGUCAAGCAUAUUAAGACUAUAAUAUAGUGUAAACAGAAGUAUUAUUAUGGUGUUAUUUUCAGGUUGUGAGAAGCUGUAUGUGGCAGAUGGGAAUUGGAAAUUGCGAUACGCCCAUUGUAUGUGGAAGGUUCCUGUAUCAAUUCCUGGGUUUGGCAAUGUGAACUACCCAAGUGUUUGUCCAGUGUCACCAAAACGUGGCCAUGCAUUUUGCGAGAAGCAUUGUGCCAAGGCUAACAAGUUGGGAUGUCCUUCUGUACUGAGGGAAUUUUACCAACACUGUGGAAUCAGUAAGGGAGAUAUAGAUAAAGGUACAAUAUUACUAUUUUAAUAAUUGAUGAAGUAAUUUUAACAAUUUUCUUGAAAUUACAAAAUUAAGUGAUGUACUGAGUAUGCAUACAGUAUGUCACAGUCGUUCUUACUUCUUAGUAAAUGAUUAUUAAAUUAAACAACUGGUAACUUGCGGAUGCCGCAGUGUUUUGGUAUUUUACUAGCAAGUUUGCAUUCAUACUACCUACACUGGCAUAGUGGCACAGACACAGUAAUACAUAUAAACAACAAAAUGUUUUCAUUCAUGUCCCUUCUUUGGCAUUAUGUAACUCUUUUGGUAUGCUGUGCUGUAUACCAGGCUUACCAUUUGUAAUGUUAUGUUAUUCUAAAUUGUUUAAAUAAUUACCAACUGAAUCAACUUUACAUUAAUGGCGUGUACAAUUAGGGAUUAAUAGUACGAGUGAUGUUUGGAAAUUUUGCCAAAAUUGGACAGGCCGCCAGGGUGAGUCCAAUUUGGCAAAUUUCCAAACAUCACGAGUAUUAUUAAUACCUAAUUGUACGAGCAACAUCGCAUGAUUAAUACUCGUUUAUUAUUAGCAUGACAAAAUUGGAUACAUACUUCUUAAUCGUAUUCUUUCCCCAAAGCCCAUUCCUGCCAGACUUUCAACCAAAAUUUGGUGCUUUUGUUCGUAUUUUCAUCUAGUUCCUCCACGGCAAUUUCAUUUCACGCUUGUGUUUAAAAUACGUAGUUUCCGCCAUUUUGUUUGUUUUGGGAAAAUCAUUAAUUGUACUGCAGUACAAUUAAUGAAAUAAUUGUACUCCCCUCAACCAAUCAGAGUACGGUUCACGACAGUUAUACGAGUAAGUAAACUUCAAUUUUUACAUUCCGAAACCAAAAAUCAACACAUCACACAUUAGAUUCAUAUCAUUUUCACCCAUCACAAAGCACACAUACCAAAUUCAACUGACAUUCACACUGUUCCUAGACGAAAUAAUCAACAGAUUUUUUCGCGCAAAACAUGUAUAAUUUAUUGAAGGAACAGAAAUGAAUAUUUAUAUGCGAGCACAGAAAGAAUGUGCGGAAUGUGUGUAGGCGAAACAAUGCUUAGGUGAAACAAUGCAUGCUUGGGUCAUUAGGUUUUGUUAACGACCUUGUUUACUUGAAACCGGUUUUUGUGACGACAUUUGCCGAAAAUUUCGCUUCUUUCAUUGAGUAAAUUGUCUUUGUUUAUGUCUUUCAAAAUGCAAAAUUUUCUUCCAAACAUAAAUUGCAGCGUUUUGAUCCCCCUGUGUACGAAAUAGCGUGUUUUAAAAUUGACCAUUUGAUGGUAUAAUCCUGAUUGUUUUCUUUUAAUUUCCAAAUAUGUUUCGAAAGUUCCGUUUUGUUUGAGUCUUUUUUAUGACGGAACGAAGAAGUGUGGUUAGCGUAACGUUCCUUAAAUGUAGUCGCUGUCAUACCAAUGUAGUGUUUAGUGUCGUUCGUGUUGUUUGUUGUGACUGUUGCUUUGUAAAUAAUGUUGUUGAUCAUGCAUUGUUUCGGUAGUGGGCAAGUGUUUUUGUUGUCGCAGUUACAGUUGUCAGUUUCCGUAUUCUGCGAUUGACUGUUCCUAAUUAUAUGUGCGUUGUGUUUGGUGAUUAUAGACUUAACGUUGUUCAUGCAACUGUAGCUUACUUUUAAAGUGUUUCUGUUAAAAAUCUUGUGUAGUUUGUGCUGUAGCAGGAAGUGUUUGUCAAUUAAACUUAAGAAUUCCCGUCCUAUGUUCGUGUUAACACUCUUACUAAAUGGUGGGUUGAACCAAAUUAUGCUGCGUUGCCUAUUCCUACGUGUCCGUUGCGGUGCAUUCUCAGUGUACGUAAAUUCAUGAUCAAAGUUACUAUGUGUAAGAGCGUUCUGGUAUGUAGGUGUGGAUUCCUUAAAUGUUUGUUCGUCCGAUGAGAGAAGUGCAAUGCGUUUGUUGAUAGCUGUAGGUAAUUGUCUUGUAAUGCUUGGUGGAUGGUUUGAGUGUCUGUGGAUGUACAAUGGAUUGUCAUUGGGUUUCCUGUAUGGUUUGUGUUUUGCGUUGAUCAGGUCGAAAGUAACAUCUAAAAAAUUUACAACGUUCAUAUUUACUUCGGCGGUGAUUUUAAGGUCAAAUUGCUUGAAAAUUUUGUGUAGCUCUUUUCUAGUUUUGUCUAGUUUUAUAAUAGCCAAACCAUCAUCUCUAUAAAGUCCGAUGUUUUCCUUGCCAAACCUCUUACCUAAGUGAUUUAAAAUGAAAAGGCCUACCAGCUCACAAAUUUCAGCGCCGUCGAAACUACCCAUAGUGACGUCAAAUAAACUGUUGCUUCCGUCUUUUUUUGUCCAUAAUUUGCCGUUGCCGAAAAGUAGAGAUUUUCUUGCAUGUUUUAUUAUUGAAAUAUCGUUUUCGGUAAUAGUAGUCAAAUCCGAAGCCCAGGCCAAUGCUUCAUUUAAAAGUUUUUCGGAAAUAGAUGGGUAAAAAUCCACAAUAUCAAAUGAAAUAAAACUGUGCCUGUCUUUAUCGUUUAUAUUGCCAAACCAUGAAAUUACUUGUUGCGUAUUUCUCCAUUGAUUUGAAUUUAGUUUUUGUCUCAAAUUGGAAUUAAUUUUAUCUAAAAUAACCUUACUUAGUUUUCCGGAUUCGCUUUUUGUGGGAUUAAUUAGUCUGCAUUUUGGAUUGUUUUCGAAAUUUUCUUUGUGAUCUUUUAAAGAUAUAAAUGCUUCGCGUUUUUUCAUUCGUUCAAUUAUAUUUGCAUCCGGUAAUCGGUUGUGCACAUACAACAAACUCUUACAUGAUAACAUCACGAAAACGUACAAACAUGGAUCAGAGGACUUCAUACAUGAAAUUGACUCCGAAUUGAAAGAAAUUUCGAGUAGGUUAGGAAUUGGCGACAGAAAAAACGCGAAGCAUUUAUAUCUUUAAAAGAUCACAAAGAAAAUUUCGAAAACAAUCCAAAAUGCCGACUAAUUAAUCCCGCAAAAAGCGAAUCUCCAAUUUGAGACAAAAACUAAAUUCAAAUCAAUGGAGAAAUAUGCAACAAGUAAUUUCAUGGUUUGGCAAUAUAAACGAUAAAGACAGGCACAGUUUUAUUUCAUUUGAUAUUGUGGAUUUUUACCCAUCUACCGGGUGGCCCAAAAAAAAGUACUCCUGUUUGAUUCGUAAUAACUUCUAAACAAGUAAAGUUUUUAAAGAGAAAUAACUUGCAUUAAAUAGAGGAAGGACUAACUUAGAUUUUGAUAUAUUACAGUUGUAUUUAACUUAAAAAUUCACGGAGAUAUUAAUCUUAAAAAUGGGGAGCAUAUUUUGGAAUGUGUCUAAAAUUAGCGAAAAUUGGCAUAUCAAAUAUUAACUCCAGCGUUUGUUUGCUUAAUGACAUAUUAGGCUAACUUGUAUUUCAGCGAAUUAUCGUUAAGGUUUGUAAGGGAUAUGGCGUAGAUUUAGACAUCUUACAUGUAAGUCUUAGCUCAUUGUUUCCUGAAAUAUGAACGUUCGAAAUUAUGCAAGUAUUUAAUAUUAGGUCUUUGCAAACUUAAAUGUACAUGAAAGACUGACCAUGGAAGGCAGGCGCUUAAAUUUUUAGUAUUCUUAAAUAGCCUAAUUUUUUUAUGUUUUUAAUGGGUUCAAACAGACUGAGUAGAUUAUUUCUCGGUUAGAGCAGGAUGAAUAUUCUUUAUUGAAGGAAAUAAUAUUGCUUUUUGCAAAUACACAUCACCGCGGCAGGUACAAAACGCAGGUUGCAGGUUGGAAUUUUGCAGGUUGGGAAUUUUGCAGGUUGGAAUUUUGCAGGUUGGGGAUUUUGCAGGUUGGAAUUUUGCAGGUUGCCAGGAACUUUGCAGGUUGAUAGUGCAAACUUAAAAUUACACCACUAUAAAGUAUUCUAGACUUCUAGUAAUUUAAUUGUGUACUUAUUGGAGUCUGACUCCUUGUCUGCGCUUUUGAUAUCAGGUUAUCCUGCUGCCAUGUUCCUAGCCUCUGCUCUAAGGAUGUGAUACAGGGGGACGAAUGUCUCGUUUCGAGACGCCUACAUGACGUGGCGGCAGCUUAAAUGCCUGAAUGAGUUGUCUCUCCUCUGCCACCCACUUAAUUAGGAGAAGUCCGACUCAAGACCCCAAUUACCGUAAUGCUCGUUAUGCUACAGUACGAACAUUUAUAAUUACCUGGUAAAUUUGUUAAUUUUAAUAAAAAAUUUAAUCGAAAAGUGGAAGGAAAUUUAGGGAUUUUUGGAAGGAAAUUUUGUGAAAAAAGAAAUAACUGGUUAUAACCUGCUUAUAACUGGUUAGGCAGAAAAUUAUUUUUUUGGAAAGUGGAAACACAUCUUCACUGGCAGCAUUAAUUCUGAUUUUGAUGUCACGUACUCAUAUUGCGAUUUAAAAAGGUUAGUACAAAUAAAAUCCGUAAAUUUAAACUAUAAUUUAAGCCAUAGAAAUAAUAAGCAACGUAGAAAAAUAUGAAAAAAUUGUGUAAGUUUAAUUAAACAGUUGAAAUAUUUUUAAAAUAUACCUAUUGAGUUAAGUUUGUCUUGAUCUUUUGCGUUCUGUUUCGGCUUUCACAACAACCUUCAAAUUGUAUUUUUAAACGACAAUUUCUGUACAUAUACUGUUUAGAACAAUCGUUUUUCGUAAAAAACCCAACGUGGAUGAGUUUUUAAAACGUUCCAUUCCUUUACAAAGCUUUUUUCCCAUUUUAAGUUUCGAUAUGAAAGUUUUUUUUUCUAAAAUUUGUUGAAAAAAACAAUUCAAACUGCCCGCAACCGCGCGAUAUUUUUUGCCACAGUAGUCUGGGACGAGUCAAAUGCCUUUGAAAUCCGCCAUUUUGUGGAGGUUGGAACACACAUUAUAUAUGUAUUAUUUCUAUGCUUUAAGUCUUCAACUCUGUUCACGUGCAGAGUUAGGCAGACAACAAGCCUUAUUAAGUUAUUCUCCUGAAAUUCAUUUAUAUUUCGUUGAUAUUAGGCAUAUGAUACUUGAUACAGCUUGUACAUAUUCGUGGUUCUGACCAAUCCCAGCCAAUUCUGAACGCUAGUUUUUCCUUAUAAUAUUUAGGUUAGUUGUCUUAAUUAGGGACCGAGCAUAGAGGGGGGGGGGGGGCUUGUGGAAAUGAGAAAUGUGAUGUUCGAAUUUAGUUGCCUUCCCCCCUUGUGGAUAAUAUGAAUUUUAUUCAACCCCCCCCUCCUCAGGGCCUUUUUUAAGGAUUUUCCCGUGGGGGGGGGGGCAUUUUUUGAAAAGGGACCUUUCUGUGAGAUAAUAUAUUAGAGGGGGAUAGCAAUGUCUGAAAGCCACGUGUGUGGCAAAUAUACCACGCAUGUAUGGGGGGUCUGGGGGUGUACUCCCCCAGAAAAUUUUUGAAAUUUGAACCACGGAAAUGCCAUUUCCUGCAUUCUGAGCAUCCAAAUUUGCUCUAAAAUUUAUGCUAACUAUAGUUGUAUUUGAAAUAAAAGACUGUAAUUUAUCAUUACUUAUUAGAGGGAUAAUCCCAAGAAAAUGUUUGAAAUUUGAAACCGUGAAAUGCUAUUUUCUGCAUUCUGAGCAUCCAAAAAAUAAAAAAAAUAUUAACAAUAAUUUAUCAUGGCUUAGUGGUAAAAAAAGUAACAAUUUAAAUCGAUUUUGUUAAACAAGAACAAAGGAUAAAGCCUAAAACCUACUUUCCGUUUAUCUAUUUGUUAAUCUUCGCUGAAUUGUUUGUAUAAUUUUAGGAAAAAGGGACUUUUCCUGGGGGGGCAAAAUGUGGUUUCGUGGGGGGGGGGGCACAAGGGUUGACUGGGGGGGGAAAAUGCCCCCCCAGCUUGUAUGUUAAAAAAGGCCCUGCCCCUCCUCACACAAUAUUUAAUAAGAAAAAAUACAUACCUUAUGUGUGUGUUUUUUGGCCUAAUACGACGGAGACCAUGGACCAUUUUUGGAUUCAGGUGCUCGUGAAAGGCAUGCGCUUACUAGGUGUCCGGGGGUAUGCUACCACGGGAAAAUUUUGAAAUCUAAGGCCUCGUAGAGCCCCAUAAAUACAAUCAAAUUUACUAGUUGUGGUUAAAAAAGCAUUCUUACAAAUUCUAACAAAAUGGAAUAAAUACCACUUGCACAAAACGUUCUGGUCCCCCUUUUCCAUGCAGAAAAAUAUCUGACCACACCCCACGCUUCCCCCCCCCUCCCCUGUAAUUAUUGAUUGGUCCCUUAGGAUCAACAGGUUGGUUCAGUCCCUUAGGAUCAACAUGUGUUCAAUGUUGCAUAUAUAAGUCAAAUGGCUUAAAUUAUACAAGAUAAUUAAUUGCAAAUUAAUGUGAAGUUAAAUUAAAUAAUUAUUAUUUAUUUUAUAAAAUCAUGAGUUGUGAUUAGCUAACAGCCACCUGUGAGUGUGAAAUCGUUUGAUUUUUACCAAAGGCAGAUCUAUGCUCACUAAAAUUCAUGCGCUCAACUUAUAACACGGUCUAGGCAAGUGGUCCACGCCAACCCACCUAAUUAGUACUUGAAUAUUUCAAUCGCGAACUUGCAAAUCCUGCAUCCCCGGUACUAGUAGAUCCAUCUCAGAUUAUUACAGAGGGGGUUUUCACAGAGGAUGUAUUUCAGAACCAUCCUCAGAGAUACGAAAAACUAGUUUCAUAUUAAUCUGACACUGCAAUCGAGCAUAUUCAUUGACAAUGACAAUGCAUACUCAUUUUGUUUCCAUUAACCUUUCUCAUGCCAGACUAUAAAUAAUUAUUGGAUGAAGUUGAGCGUGAUAUCGAGAAUUAGCAAGGCCGAGGUUUGUGUUAUCUGCCGAAGGCUAAGGCGGAUAGCACAAACCUCGGCCUUGAUAAUUCUCGAUAUCACGCGAAAAUCGAGUCCAAUAAUUAUUUUAUUACGCAUAAGAAUGACAAAGGGAAAAUUGGAAAAUACUAUAACUAAUCAAGGCAAAACAAAUCAAUUGACUCUUUGACUUUGUCUUGAGGUUUGCUUAUAUUUUUUCUAUUAUAUACUUCGUAAAAACUUUCACAGCUGUCUUCGCAGCUCGUUUAGUGUUAACCGCUUCCUUUUCGUCCAAUGGCUUAAAUUGUAAAUCGUUCUCAAUUACUGUGGCGAAUCUCUUUGAAGAAUUCGCCAUGUUUAUUCUUUCUUCGUGUUUACUGUAAACAAGCUGACUGGCGUCAUAUCUACAUGUACACAACCAUUGUCUCCAGUUGUAACGUCAGAAUUACAUGACAUCAAGAAUUAUCCGUAGGCCAGCAGCCAAUCAAAACAGAGAUUGUAUUAGUAAUGUGUAAUAAUUAACACUUAUUUACUGGGAGCGAGGGAAACGGUAUGUUUUGUGGACCCGAGACCGUCGAUGCUGCUUUCCCGAGGUCGCAGUAAUUAAAUAUUUUAUUAUAUACCAAUAGUCAAAGAAAGAACAAAUUAAAGAACAAAUGAACGUAAAUACAUGAAAAUUUUAUUGUUAAAACGUUAAAUUAAAGGAAAGUUUUCUAAAAAAAUCACGCGCUUUUAGGCAUGUCCAAAGGUCGCAUCUUCACGUGACUAUUUUUCGUUAUUCGCCGGUCGAUAACGUAUUAUCUCCCUCUCGCUGUUGCGAGGGAGACAGCCUAAUUCGUCACUCUUACAUGAUAUGCUCUAGACCAAUAAAACACUAGAAAAAUGCGACUUUGAGUAUUGGUGUAUAAUAGUAACACUUAUUAAGAAGCUGUAUUUAAGGGAAUUUUGUGAUUUUUAGUUUUUUGUGAUGUCUCGUCAGUCAUUGUCUCCGGACACACAUUGGCGUCAAACCGGUGAAAGGAUGCCACCACCUCCCUAUCUGCCUCAGCUAGGGAUCAGCGUGCCUCCAUCCGCUUAUCCCAGAAUGACGUCAAUCCCUCCAUUUCACCCAGGGUAUCCUCCACCUGUUCCAGUCAUGUUCCCUCGACAUCCUCAUAUGAAUAUGUGGAGCCCUGAACUGCCCCCAUCUGCUCCUUUUCUUUUUCCGAUUUCUUAUCGAGCCUCUUCUCCAGUGCCCCCUCCACUUUUUUCUCCAGUACCCCCUCCAUACUCUUUUCCAGUGCCCCAUCCACUAUUUUCUCCCGUACCCCCUCCACUCUCAUCUCCAGUGUCUCAUCCAGUCUCGUCUCCCGUACCUAAUCCAGUCUCUUCUCCAGUGCCCCCUCCACUUUUUUCGUCAGUAUCCCCUCCAUUUUCUUCUUCAUCACCCCCUUUACCACUCUCUUCUUCUUCAUCCCCUUUACUACUCUCAUCUCCAGUACCCCCUUCAAACUCUUUUCCAGUGCCCUAUCCAAUCUCUUCUUUAGUAUCCCCUUCACUUUCCCCGACACCACUCGUUCCACCACCUGGCAUGCAAGACAUACCUCAGCCAAUCUCCCCAAUUUUAUCCCCUUCACUCUUUCCUUCACCGCCUCUUCUGCCACCUGGCACAGAAAACCUUCGUAAGGACGAGUCUAAUGGUGAUGCUGCUAAUAUUGAUUUUGGUGAUGAAACAGAUGGUACUGACUGUUGUCAGUCGACCAACGAAAGUGGCUUUCGUGAUUUUCAUGAUUUUCAUGCAAAUGAUCAUCCUAUUGAUGGUACAAUAUCAUCCAGUGAUGAAGAUGGAACACAGUAUAUGGAAACGUUACUAGCAAAAAAGGCAAAAAUAGAUGUAGACUGUAUUUCCGUCCAUUCUGACAGUAGUUUGGGAAGCAAUUCCUCGAGAGAUGGAAGUGAACAUGUUUCAAGUGGAGAAACCAGGUACAUUCAGUUAGUAUAUAUGACUUUUGAAAUCUAAAGUUCCUGUUUCAUUUCACUCCAUAUAUACACGCCAGCCCAUUUACCGGAAUGAAGUGGAGAAAAACAAAUUUGAAGAGGGGGGGGGGGUCGUAACACAUUUGACAUAGUAGUUUUAUGAGUUUUUUGAACAAGUAUUAUUAAAAAAUGCGACGCUUUUUCUUGGAAAUAAAUGAAGAAAAAACCAAGUUCGAGUACACACACACACGUAUGUAUAUACAUAUAUAUACAUACAUAUAUAUAUAUAUAUAUACAUAUAUAUACAUAUACAUAUAUAUAUAUAUAUAUAUAUAUAUAUAUAUAUAUAUAUAUAUAUAUAUAUAUAUAUAUAUAUAUAUAUAUAUAUAUAUAUAUAUAUAUAAUUUUUAACAUAUUUCUUUACAGUAAAUCCUUUAUUGAUUUCCCAAAAAACCAACCAUCGUUUUAUAAAGACAUUGAAAAAGCACCGUACUACAUAAAAGGAAAGAAGGUUCUUGAUUACAGAGAAAUGAUUGAUGCCCUGCUUCUCAAACCAGAUAUGUCGCGUGUCUGUACACAGAGACCGCUAAAGGUGCAAGAAAAUGCCAGCUUUUUAAUAGACCGCUCCCAACUAGACCACAAGGAUGAUUGGUUGUGUGACGACCAUGGAUCAUACAGAAACCAAGGCUCAUCGGGUCGUAUUUUUACAGUAGAUAAUGGAGAAGUGACGGAUGAUUUCCCUCUUCCAAGGCGAGUGAAGCAGCGACCAAAAAUGAAGGCAAAUCAGUACUGUGUUAUGACAACGUAUUGGAGGCACAGUAAUUAUGCUGAUUUUAAGCGAAGAUCCACAGAAAUACUAAAUAGUGAUGGAGAGCCAACAGAACUGGGAUUUCUUCAAUACUACUUCGAUGGAACAGAGCACGGUGUUUCCCCUAAAAAACAUGGAAAUCAAAAGAAAAACCGGAAGUUCUACCCUACAGCGCCAAGCACGAAGGAAAAAAUUCGCGAAAAAGUGAAAAGUCCAGCAGGACCGAUCAAAAUUUAUGAUGAUACCUUUCAGGAAAAAGGAGGAAUCGGCAACAUAAAGUCAGCAUCAGAAAUUCCGAGGAAUGUCAGACAAGUUAAGUAUGAAAGAACCAAAGUUCGUCCAACAAAUGAUAGAGAUGAAUUAGCCACCUUUUUAGACAAGGCACAAAACGAAGCCGAUUAUAUUCGUAAUGUUCAGUGGACCCCGGCCCCUCGGGCAGUUUUAGCCAGUGACUUUCAGCUUAAAGGAAUCGUUGACAACUGCUGUAAUCCGGACAGUUUCGGAAUCUUCUGUGUAGAUACUACAUUCAAUAUCGGAGAAUUUUAUCUUACAACAACGACAUUUGAGCACCGAAAACUUAUUGAAACUACAACAGGACAGCAUCCAAAGAUGCCAGGACCUGCCAUGAUACAUAUUCAUCAAGAUGAGAAUCAGUUUUAUUACUUUGGUCAGACACUAAUUGAAUUAGAAAAAGAUAUUGACGGUGUAAUUGCAUUGGGGGCAGACAGAGAAAAGGCAAUGGUAAACGGUCUUGGGAGAUCCCUUCCAGUUGCAACAGUCCUCGCCUGCACGAGACACGUAGAGAACAACUGUGCGCAAAAGAUGUCUGAACUUGGAAUUUCAACAGCUACCAGAACUGUCAUUAUUCAAGAUAUUUUCGGUAGUGAGGCCAAAAAGGAGAAAGGUCUUAUAGAUUGCGAAACUCAAGCAGACUUUGAUGGUAAGGUUGAGAGCAUUAAAGAAAAAUGGAACACAAUAGAAAAAAACGAUCGAAACUCCGACUCUCCCAAGUUCCACGAAUACUUUGUGAGACACAUUGCACGUGAUAUGAAGGCCAGCAUGUUAAAACCUGUACGAAACAUAUGCGGCCUGGGCGACAAAUUCUUUUAUAACAACGGACCGGAAUCUUUGCACUCCAAGUACAAGCUUCAAAUUCGACAACAUAAAUUGGAGAAAAGCACAGCGGGAAUUCCAGAAAGAAAAUGCACAUGGAGUGAAGCAGCAGACCAAUACAGAGAUAUGGUCACUCGUGUAAAAAGAAAUGUUCACAGAGCUAUAAUUGGUGAAGGCCCAUAUCAAUUGAUACCAGCUUACAGUGAUUUGCAAGUUGACGUCCACACAUGGCUCGAAAUGGCAGACCGGUCAAAAUUGAAACGGCUCAGAAAAGUAGAUCAGUCGGCGACAGAAAAAGACAUUUGUUCAAGUUUUAAAAGUAGCGAAAAUGAUACAAAUCAGAGUGGGCAAACAGAUACUGACAUUGUCGGCUCAUUCGAUGGCAGUGGUUUACCAGAAAUGUUUCGUGGCUCGUGGAAAAAUGCAAAUGAAAUUGUACGGUCGGAUGGCGUAGGCGAUGUUCCUGGACAAAGUAAUAUGAAGAUCUGCAUGUCUUUGACACAAGACGAACCACAUUUACUCCGAAUAGCAAAUGCUGGAAAGAAAAUUUCUUGCGACUGCAAAGGUUACGAAUCCAAGAAUUUAUGUGCGCAUGUCAUUGCUACAGCAUACAAACUAAAGACUUUAGAGGACAUUAUUCUUUUAUGGGAGCCAAACCUAACUCGGCAGUUGUCGACCAGUUUACCAGCAGGGUCAGGAAAAAAACCAAACGAGAAGAGGAAGAAAAAGAAAAAGACCAGCGACAGAGAUACCAGUAAAUAUAGCGAGCGAAACGCGUCAGAGGAUGACAAAUAUCAUGUGGUUUUUCUUUCUGAAACUAGAGCUACGACAUGCUAUGGUUGUGAACAAAAGGUAAGAUUUUUAACCCCUGUUACUGAUUGGAGUAAAAACGUUUAAAGGUCCAGACACACCGGACAUGAUUCGACAACGCGACGCGAUUUUUUAGUUUUGAACGUUAAUAAAACAGUCAAUAACAGCAAAUUUUAAAAGAUAUGUAGACCAAAUAACGCUUCUAAAUAUUUGGAAAAUUUAAACUAGGAUGAAAGUAUAAUCAAAGUUAUCGUUCAGUGAAAAUCGCAAAAUCGCGUCGCGUUGUCUAAUCGCGUCCGGUGUAAAUGGACCUUAAGUGAUGGUGCACUUUUAUUGUGCAAACUGCAAAUGUUGCUAUCGUCAAAAUAUUUGGUCUUAUUAUUAGCUAAUCAAGGGAUUAACCUAUAUCUUAACAAACAAAUUCUUAAAUAUACAUAUAUUCUGUCGUGUAGAUGAGAGAGACGCCAUCGUCAGAGCCACCGAAUGUUCCAUGGAAUAUCGUAUUGCGACACAAAGAGAAACGAGUGUACAAUAAGCGCGGUUCAAUAGAACUUCGUAUUUCAAAAUCAAAGGAGAACGUGUAUUUCCAUCCGCGUCAAGAUUGUCUCUUACAACGACGGGAAAAAGCAUUGGUUGCAGAUGAAAUAAUAAUAACAACGAACACCAGGGACAAGUUGACUGAGGCGCAUACGAGGUUACUUUCGAAACAAUUCCGAUUUCAAUGA